AUUACUACAUGUUUAAUUUCUUCUCACUAGCUUUUUCAUUCUCUUUCCUACUCUGCAAAACCUUGUUGUGAUUCGGAUUUUCCGGUAUUAAAGUGUGUGUCCUUAUAUUUUCAACAUAAAGAGAGCAAGCAUUAUUUGAUUUCGUAUUCCACACACACAACACAACUCUCUUAUCUCCUCUCUCUUUGUUUAUUUUUUUCAUCUAACUUCUCUCAUUUUCAAAUCUCUGAAUCUGCAUACACUAUAUAGCCUAUAGGGACACUAAAAUGAAGAAAUUUGUACUGAAAUUAGAUUUAGAAGAUGAUAAGGCAAAGCAGAAGGCCUUGAAGACAGUUUCAACACUUUCAGGAAUUGAUGCAAUCACCAUGGACAUGAAGGAGAAGAAAUUAACCGUGGUAGGAACGGUAGAUCCAGUAAAAAUUGUGAGCAAACUUCGAAAAUAUUGGCAAGCCGAUUUAAUCUCAGUAGGACCAGCAAAGGAGCCAGAGAAGAAAGAAGAGGCAAAGAAAGAAGAACCAAAGAAGGAAGAAGAGAAGAAAGAAGAGGAAAAGAAAGAAGAAGCAAAGAAAGAAGAAGAGAAGAAGGAAGAACCAAAGAAAGAAGAAGAGAAAAAGGAAGAGAAGAAAGAAGAAGAGAAAAAAGAAGAAGAGAAAAAGAAAGAGCCAACACCUGACCCUGUUUUAGAAAUGGUUAAAGCUUAUAGGGCAUAUAAUCCUCACAUGACUACAUAUUAUUAUGUUCAAAGUAUGGAAGAAAAUCCAAAUGCUUGUGUGAUUUGUUAAAUUGAAAGUUUGGGAAACAUGGGAGAAAGUUAUGUGUAAAACUCUCCCAACUUGUAAUGGAAUCAAUUUAUCUUUGAUGAAUUAUAUAUAUAUUGGAGAUCAUCACCAAGAAGAGAGAAACUCUCCUAGCUUGUAUAUAAUUUGGUGAUGCCACUCCUUAAGUUGUUUUGAGCUAUUAGUAAUGUGUAGAGAAAAAGGAAUAAAAUUUUGGGAUAUUCGUUUUUGUUUUCAAA